GCGUCGAUGACGAUCGAUUUCUUCAGAGAGAAGAACGAUACCCGACUGGGAGAAUACAAAUUCUACCAUCGUAUCUUCCGAGUCCUCACACACACUAUAUAUGUGCUUAUCUCCUUCUGAAACAGGUUUAUCUCCUACGAUUUCUGAAGUUACACAGCCGAAUUGUUUGUUUUGCUUCUGAUUCAGUCUACGGAAAUCAAUUUGAUCUAGUCGUUGGAGAGUUUCAUCCGAGUAGACAGGAUGGUUGGUUUAGAGAUGAACGACUGGAAAAAGAUCGGGUUAGGAUUGACUGGAUUUGGUGUCUUUUUCUCGUUUUUGGGGAUCAUUUUCUUCUUUGACAAGGGGCUUCUUGCCAUUGGAAAUAUCCUAUUCAUCUCAGGAGUGAUAAUGACCAUUGGAGUCAAGUCCUCCUUGCAGUUCUUCAUGAAACGCAGCAACUUUAAGGGCACAAUUUCAUUUGGUGUUGGCUUCUUCUUUGUUAUCAUUGGGUGGCCUGUAAUAGGAAUGGCAGCAGAGGCUUAUGGAUUCAUUAUUCUCUUCAGUGGCUUCUGGCCUACACUAUCAGUUUUUGUGCAGAAGAUACCAGUUAUUGGUUGGAUUUUUCAACAGCCUUACCUUAGAUCGAUGUUGGAUCGUUACCGCGGCAAAAGGGUGCCAGUAUAACUACUCAAUGUUUCCAUGGUUAUAUGAGGGUUAUAAGUCAUAGACCUUAAGCUGCUUCCAUUGGAUUAAACGGGUUUAGUAAGCCCCCCAUUUGUUUCAUAGAACAAGACUGUAAAGAACAAAACAGAACAUACUAUGUUUGGUGCGCAUUGCAUUAGACAGACUCAGUUAAUGGGACACAAAUUACUUUUUAUUUUCUCCCA